AUGCUGUUCGGGGAGAAGGCGUUUCCGGUGUUGCCGGCGCCGACGCGAGACAAAACCACGGCGGAUUACACGCUCCUCCGCGAGCUCGGCCGGGGUUUGUGCGGCACGGUGUACCUGGGCAGGGAGAAGGAAUCGGGGCGGAUCGUGGCGUUCAAGGUUAUGCGUAAGUCCAAGCUCGUGGACGUGGGCGAGGCGAGACACGCCAGCGACGAGCGCAAGCUGCACGAGGAUAUCUCCUCAGGCCCGUUCAUAAACCGCCUCCUCGCGUCGUUUCAGGACCCGUGGGCGCUGUUCCUGGUGCUCGAGUACGCGCCGUGCGGUGACCUGUUCCAGGCGAUGAACUUCCACGGCUUACCGUCUCGCAACGACGCGGUCAUUUACGCCGUCCAGGUGGCCACCGCGCUGGAGCACAUGCACAACAAGGGUUACGUGUACCGCGACUUGAAGCCCGAGAAUAUCCUGCUCCACGCGCACGGGAGCGUGCAGCUCGCGGAUUUUGGAAUGGCCAAGAAGCUGCAUCCCGGCAAGCGGACCAACACGGUGUGCGGGACGGCGCAGUACAUGUCACCGGAGGUGCUCCUUCAUCGCGGGUGCUCGUUCGAGGCGGAUCUGUGGGCCAUGGGCAUCUUCAUCUACGAGCUGACGACGGGCGACACCCCGUUUAGCAGCAACAGCGGCUCGAGGCAGGAGCUGUACCGACGGCUCAUGUCGCACGACCCGGAGAAGAUGACCAUGGCCAACUCCGUCGAUCGCACCACCGCGAGCAUCGUCAAGGGGUUGUUGCAGAACGUCGAGUCGCAGCGUUUGGGCGCGGGCGGGAACUGGGCCGAGCUCUACGCGCAGCAGUGGUUUCACUGCGUCGACGUGGGCGCGGUGCAGCGCGGCGAGGUGGUGCCGGACUUGUCGCCCCGGCGCAGGAACGUGAUCAACGACCCGAGGCUGCAGCAGGUGCUGGAGCAGGGUGACGUGCCGUGGCAGCGUGGAAGCAUCGUGGAGGAUCCGGCGGUGCUGGCGCUCUUCGAGAACUUCUAA